AAUUGUUCAGGGACAUUCAUAGGGAAGGAAACCAAUGCUGUUUGCUGUAGUAGCUACUUGGAUCAGUCCACGAAGGACCUACGUACUUUUUUGUAUUCUCUCCAUCCUUCUGUUUUGGUUCAGUAUAGCUAACUUGAAUAUUUUGACAAGAUCCAAAACUUUUAAACUUCCCCCCUGUGAUAUUGCAGCCCUCACGAUAGGCUACAACGAAGAAUGCCUUGCCGCCUUCACAGUAGCGUCGGUUUUAUUGCAAGUAGAUAGAUAUGUGUUUGUGGACACCAACUCGUUCGACAGAACGGUGUCACUUAUUAAACACAUAUUUUCCGAAGAAGUUAAGACAGGGAAGUUGAGAAUAAUUUCCAAAGGUAUCGAAGACUUCGACGUUUCAUCUGCACGGAAUGAAGGGCUUCAAUGGCUGAAGAAUCAGAAUUGUACAAAACUUUUAAAGAUUGAUGCAGACGAAGUAUUUUAUAGAGCUGGAGCAAGGCUCUUGGUCGACACAGCGAGAUAUUUGGAAGAGGAUGUUUCGGAAGUUGAGUUUUGUGAAUAUGAGUUGUAUCAAAAUGAAGUUGAAACAAACACAGAGUGGAUGAAAGCACUGUAUAAGGACAUUGUGGGAGCAAGUAACCAAACUAUCUUUUAUCAGUUCCCUCAUAUUCCGUCAAAACAACGAAUCUUUAAUCAUCUUCAGAAUAUAUAUGCGUCAGGAAAAUGGACUGAUGAAGCCGAAGGAAAAUCGGCAGAAAAUCUUCAUACAACAGAUGGGAAAGUAAUGAGAUUGCCAGAUAUUGUCAACGUUCACUAUGGCUGGGCUCGCAACUUGGAGUAUAAGCGAAACAAAUCAAUUGCCUGGAUGGGGAAACCAGAAGCUCAUCCUUGGGUAAACUCUAUAAACCCAAGAGACCCAAGUUCAGACUUGAAACAAUUUAAAGGUCACCCAGAAGUCAUCUACGAGUACAUUGAGAGGGUUUCUUCUUUUCUGAAUAUAGCUUAUGAUAAGGUUUGAUAUGCGAAAGGAAAUAAAAUCAACCUUUUGCCUGAAAAAAAGUACGAGUUAUUGUAGGUUGCUUGCAGUCAAAUGGAUGAACAACAUUCCAUAGUGAAAUGCGAAGAUUCUCCAUGUGCCAGUGGUCUCUCGUGUGCGAAUCGAUACAAGUCUUGAAGUAUCUCAACGCAAAGGCUAAAGCAAGAUCUUGGCAAUCGGUUGCAACCUACAAUCUGAAAGCAUUUAGACAAAUAUCACCUAAUUUUGAGGGAAGGUGAUACUAGAGAAGACGAGUGUGGUUGCCUUUAGAUUGAAACUGCUCUAGUGAAGGUGUUCAAGUCUAUCCACCACUGUUUGUUAUUGUACUCCUUCGCACGCCUUGCAAUAGACCAAUGUUGGCUUGAUACUCGAUCGAUCAGUUAAAACUAAAGUUGUUUGAGAACUAACAGAAAUUGCCUAGACUCAGAAAUAAGGAAGUGACCUCUAAAGACAAAAUUAACACUUUAGGCCGUUGACACAAAGGAUGAGGAAUUAGAACAGUGAGAGCAACCAAUAGGUUCUGUUAAGGUUUAUAAGAUACCUUUUCAGUGUCUAUUCGGUCUUUUCAAACUUUUCAUAGUUGUCGCAUUUUUUUUACUGCGCCAUGGAAGAAGGCUUUAUCGAUGCUUAAAGAGAUUAACCCUUUCAUGGGCUUUUUAAUUACGAUAUAUUUGUUU